AGUGUUGCUCAUAAAAAUGGAAUCCCUUAACUUUGUCCUGGAGGAUAUCAUUACAGAAUGUGGUGGCUUUGGUAGGUUCCAGUAUAUUGUCAUCGCUGUGGCUUUUCUGGUGAAAGUGACGUGUGCAUGGAGUAUCCUGAUGAUGCAGUUUGCCGGAUCCACCCCGGAAUGGUGGUGCACGUGGACCACAAAUACUUCACUUGACUACUUCGGUAAUACGAGUGUGGAGGACAUGAAGGUGUGUAAACCACUAGCAAAUGAAUCUGCCACAGGACAAUGUUCAGAUUUUCGAUUUUCAUCAGAAAUUAAGACCAUCGUUAACGAGUGGGCGUUGAUCUGUGAUAAGGACUGGGUGACGUCCACCAUCACCACUAUACAAAUGGGCGGACUGUUAGUCGCCGGUCUUCUGUCCGGACAUUUGGCGGACACAUUCGGCCGGAAGUUAACCUUCUUCCUCUCUUUGGUUGUCAUGAUGAUAGGGAAUUUCAUAGCUGCUUUUUCCGUCUCGUGGCAGAUGUUUGCUGUCUUGAGAUUUGUGAUCGGGUUCGGUGCCGGACAGUUUUUGGCUACGUUAUAUAUUUACAUGAUAGAGUUUAUUCCUAAGAAACAUCGGUCACUAAUUGCAGCUCUACCAACCUUCCCAAUAUUUGCAGCCCUGUUAGCCCUUGUCUCCUACCUGAUAAAGGACUGGAGACAUUUACACUUUGUGACCGCUGCCUUGACCUUGCCGUCAUUAUUGGGAAUUUUCGUAAUCCCAGAGAGUUUUCGGUGGUUAGCUUCCCGCUUCAAAAUAAAAGAGGCGGGGAAAGUGAUAAACAAGAUAGCUUGGAUGAACGGAUGUCCGCCACCAGACGUCAGCAAAAUCCAGCAAGCCUUACAGAACAAAAACAAACUCAAAGACAGGAAAUAUUCCGUCAUUGAUAUAUUCCGAGAGAAAUAUUUACUUAAAAGGACAGUGCUGCUGUGGUUUUGUUGGAUAUCCUGUGGGUUUUCCUACUACGGACUGGCUUUUGGAGUUGGUCAGCUAUCAGGGAGUCUCUAUAUCAACAUGUUCCUUCUGUCUGCAGUAGAAAUCCCCGGAACCUUUAGCACGUGGUGUCUCACCAACCAGUUUGGGAGACGAUGGACGUGUUUGGUUCUGCUGUUAUUGUCAUCUUUAGGCGGCUUAGCAACGGGAACUGUCCAAACUUUAGAUCCUGAAUCUGUUCCAAACCACGGUCUGAUUGUCACUGUCCUUGCUAUUACUGCCAAACUUGCCAUUUCCGCAGCCUGGACGUCCAUCAUCACCAUGACGACAGAAUUAUACCCCACCGUCAUCAGGAACAUUUCUUACGGAUUUUUCAGUGCUGUCUCACGAGUGGGUGCGAUGGUGGCCCCACAAGUUAUUUUCCUUAGCAAGACAAUUCCUGGUCUAUUGUAUUUCGUGAUCGGGAGCACUUUGCUGGUCUCUAGUGUGUUUGCCUUUCUUCUUCCGGAAACUAAAGGGCGCCCUCUGGAGGACCAUGUUGUGGUUGAGGAGUCUGUCGAACAAAUGCAGCUAUUAGCAAAUAGCCAAAGGGAAAAAGAUGAGAUAAACACUUAAAACAAUGAAUGUCAAUGUGCAACGUAUCAGUUUAAUUACAAUUAGUGAAAUAGAUGCAUGUUUGUCUGACCCCCGAGAUUUAUCGUUGAACGAUAGAUCAAAUCACCGUGUAUUUAAAAAAUAUCAGCAUUCUAUUUCAUCACCACGGCCAAAAACGUCAAUAUGUACUUUCUCUGAGAUAAGUGUAAUAAACAAAGGGAUCUACUAUAAACGUAUUAACAUUUUAAACUCUGUAGUUUACUCUCGUUUUUACA